GUCCGUGCAGCAAGCCGAAGCAGUCAUGAACACAGCAACUGCAAUUCUCAUCAGUGCAUUUGCAGCACUUUUUGCUGCUUUUUGUUUACUGGUCUACUUUGAGCUGAGAAAUGUAAAUAUUCCUCCUGGAGUUGACAGUCCUGCAAAACUACGUGUAAUCCAUUGCACAUAUAUGGGGAUCACCUGUUUGGGCUAUAUUCUGGAGCGACUGGGCCUGUGCCAUCAGUAUAAUUUUGUGGGAUGGUGCAGAUGUCAUAUAAUGACCUGCAAAAGGUCAGUACCCCACGGGCUCCGUAUUAAGGACUUGACCUUCAGUACAGUUCCAGUGAGGGUGUAUGAGCCUACAGCUGCCUCGGGAGAGAAAAAAAGAGGACUGGUUUACUUUCAUGGUGGCGGAUGGAUGUUUGGCUGCAUUGAUGAUUACGAUGAAGUGUGUCAGCAUAUAUCACUGAAGAGUGAUACGACAGUUGUGUCUGUUGGUUACCGCCUGGCCCCCGAGCACAGGUAUCCUGCCCACCUGGAUGACUGUGAGGUCGCGACUCGCCACUUCCUUUCAAUAGCAGCGACUGAUUUCGGAGUUGACCCAUGCAAGGUGGCAGUUGGUGGCGACAGCGCAGGGGCGAACCUGGCAGCCGCUCUCUGCCAGAGGCUGUCGAAGACACAGGACGGUCAUCUGCCAUCUCCCUGUGCCCAGGUUCUCAUCUACCCGGCCCUGCAGAUGGCAGAUUUCCACCUGCCCUCAUACCAGCAGAACCACUCUGUGCCCAUAUUGUUCAGAGGCCGAACGGUGUUUUAUUUCCUGCAGUACCUCAACGGGAACACGUCCGUGAGCCAGCAGAUUCUGGAAGGCAGGCAUGUUCCUGCCGAGUUAAAACUUCGCUAUAAGAAAUGGCUGGAUCCGAACAGUCUUCCACCUCAGUUCAUAAAACAAGCAAGAUGUCAGCAGGAUCUUUCAAGCCAUGAUGCUGAUGUAUAUCACAUCGUCAAACAAGGCCUUGAUCCAGAGAUCUCCCCGUUACUAGCUGAGGACGAUGUUCUUUGUCUUGUGCCUCCCGCUUUUGUUUUGACCUGUGAGUUUGAUGUGCUGAGAGAUGAUGGCUUUCUGUACCAGAAGCGACUGAGGGAUUUAGGAGUGGACGUCACAUGGGAACACCUACCUGAGGGCUUUCAUGGGGUCAUCAGUUUCUUCAACCAGGGCUGGUUGACAUUUCAGUCAUCCCAAAGGGGAUUGGACAGCAUUGUAAGAUAUGUAAAGUCUCUAUGAUUGAGAAGGCAAAAUAUUAGGAAUGGUAAGAAGUUUCUAAAUACAGAAGUCUGCCUGUAAAAGUUAGAUUUUUAAUGAUAAUGUUACAUUUUUAGAGAAAAUAUACUGUAUAUGAUUCUGUGAAGUAAUAUCAACCAAUCAGAAAAUGCGGUAUAUGCACAGACUUUUAAUUUGAAUUGUCAUCCCAUACAAAAUUGCCAUGUUUAAGAUCUGACUUCUUUAAAAAAAACAGUGAUUCUCACUGCCUGGCUGAGAUACGAUAUAAAGUGGCUAUCAGACCAAACAAGAAGCACUGCU